UCUAGAGCCUUCAGUCUGGGUGCAGUUCUGUGUUGGCUUCAUUUUAAGCACUUCUCUCUACUGGGUUCCUGGACCCCUCCAAUGAAGUUUGGUGCCUGGACUCUUCCCUUGCUGAGCAGUUAGUGACAGACAGCAUACUGAUUAGUUUGAGCUUCAUCCCAUCAUUCCGCGCAUGUUUGAGGGUGAUGCACAAACAUUACGGUGCGAGAUUAAUAUACGAGUUAAAUGUUCACUGGUUCAAUUGCCCCACCUUGUGUUUGGUGCCAGAAGUGUCGCGAAUGGUCUAAUUUCUGCUUUCCUUACUGUGGAAUGAAUGGUAAGGUCGCUGCUUAAUAUUUGCCUUGCGCGACGUGAAAUGACGCUUUUAUAUGAAUGUCCAUAAGACAUUAUUGAUUCAUUUUUAUUCCACUCCGUUAUAUACAGGUGGACGUUUGUCAGAAUGGUGAAUAUUAAAUUUACCGAGGAUCUCAUUACUCACGUCAGUGCUAACGGUACUUUUAACAAAAACGCAGAAAACAAGAUUAUGUUGCGUGUCUAGUCCCUUGACGCUUACUCCUGUUUUAAGAAUCCCUGUAGGUCCUUCCGAUAAAGCAGAUUGUAAAUAGUUGUCGUUUUACUUCAUCCAUGUUACCGGCGACGGCUACUUGUGCAAACGAAGAUAUUAGUUCCUCAAUUUUUUUUUUUUAUGCUAGUGAUGAAUCUUAAGAGGGUGUGACGGGUUACUAUGUGCUGCUAUAUUCUCGUUACCCCAUGCGUUUAUGUCCCGGUUAUAGACCGCUAUUUAAUAUAUCCCCGACGUAAAGAUUAAAGUGCCAGAACCACGACAUUUUAAACAUUUUGUCGGAAGGUCUUUUUCGGUCAUACUUAUUUCAACUUAAAAACGCGAAAGUUAAAGGGAAAACACUUUCCCCCUGUCUCAGGAAAGGGAUGAUUUACAAUAAAUAUAUCCGUAUUUUUCCCGUAUGCCCACUCCAAGCAGAGCCGACCCGCCCCAUGUCGCCGCACUUAUAGGCCAGCAGUUUCAGGGUGGAAGUGAAUGUCGGUAAAUUUGAGGAAAAAAUUAUAUAAAGUUUUGGUAAGCAUUCUGUGAUCUAACAUUUCGUAACUGUGAAGAUUUAAAUCAAGCCAUGUUUAUGAAUGUAGUACAAGUUGAAGAAUACUAAGCGUUUUAUUUCGUGCUUAUUUUUCUCCAGUAUUUAUUAUACAGGUUUCGCUUGCUAUGGGGUUACAGCGACUUCAUUAGCGUCAUAAUCAAAUACACCAUGUGUUCCAGUAUGAUUGACUGGUUUGUUACCGCCUCUAAACCUCCAUCCUGGAACUGCUGCCCUGGAACCGCGGUGACGCACGGUGAGGCGGUUCUGCAGAUGGACCUGCCGCUUUCCUUAUGCAUAUCUAUAGAUUUCCUAAUAAUUUUGAUGUAAAGUAAUUCUGAAAGGUCAUAUUCUAAGCCUGUUAAUUGGCUAGUCAAUGUCGUCUAUGGAUAGAGGCAUUAAAGUGGUCGGUUGUGAAAUGCUGUAAUCGAUCACACGACAAAAGAAGCUGAUCGCACUGUUGCUGGUGACACCGUGACACUGCUGGAUGUGGCACAAGACAUCCAGAGGGGGGCGCCGUGAAUGGUGAAAAGGUAGAGCAAUUCAAAUGGCCCCUGCGGAACGGGGCCUGAAGUAUUUACAACACAAUUGCGUUGGGGACCCAAUAUGAUAAACUUUCUUGGGGUCCAAAGAGAACCUGAAACCUGUCCGUGGGGGCAGGGGACACCCGAGAAGGGAUGCUAAUCCAUCCCAGCGGACAGCUCGGGACAGUGAUCAAAAAAGAUAUCCCUCAGAACCACAUCGCCUAAGUACGAUACUGUGCAGAUUAACUGAAUUCUAAUCUAAUGUUUUCGAAGAAAUUCUGUGCCCCACUUUCAUAAGUCAUUGGGGAAAAACGCUUAAAAGUUGUCUAGUUUUUUUUUAACCGUCCAGUUUUUAGUUUAUCCCUCAGUGUUAGUUCGUUUCGCUCGCGCGAAUUUCGGCGGUCCCUCUACGAGGCCCCGUUACACCAUCUGACGUCACCGCGUCCCCAGGUACAGUAAGAUAAAGGAAACCACAGUGUUUCCAAAAUACGUCCCGUCUUUCCACCUCGCUGGAUCUGGGGACGUUUUCUCUCCUUAUCCGAUGUAGUGUAAGUUAAAUGUGAGAAUGCUUUUCAGUGGUCUUUACCUGACUAUAUUUAACAGUGUUAUCCUUAUCGGCUGAAAACAUACGGUCAGGCAUCCGGCGGGGACGGGAUGGCAGCGGAGACACGCGCGAUGAAUCCCGUCAUUGAAGCUGUGAUUAACCUCGUCGCCGGCUCUGCAGGAGGUGCUGCCUGCGUGGCGUGCGGCCAGCCCUUCGACACCGUGAAGGUGAAGCUGCAGACCUUUCCUAGCCUGUACCGCGGCUUCCUCCACUGCUUCCUGGCCACAUACCGUCAGGGGGGGCUGGGGGGUCUGUAUCAGGGCACCACCCCUGCCUUGCUGUCCAACGUAGCAGAGAAUGCCGUCCUCUUUGCCUGCUACGGCUCGUGCCAAGAACUUACAAGGAGGAUUUUCGGGCUGGAGUCUGUUGGUGAGCUCAGUAACCUUCAAAAUGCCACAGCUGGCUCCAUGGCCUCCAUCUUCUCUUCUCUGGUGCUGUGUCCCACCGAGCUGGUAAAAUGCCGCAUGCAGGCCAUGCAUGAGAUGCGUACGGUGGGCAAGACCUCCCUGGUGUGCCGUGUAUCCAGUUGGUCCAUUGUGAAGAGCAUCCUGAAGAAGGAGGGCCUCCCUGGCCUCUUCCAGGGCAUGACCAGCACCUGGCUUCGAGAGGUGCCAGGCUACUUCUUCUUCUUCGGGGGCUAUGAGGUCAGCAGGACCAUCUUUGUCAACUGCGGCUACUCCAAGAAUGACCUAGAUGCCACUGCCCUAGUGGUGAGUGGCGGUGUAGGUGGUUCCUUUUUCUGGUUGACUGUCUACCCCAUCGACUCGGUGAAAUCACGCAUCCAGGUGCUGUCCAUGUCAGGCAGACAGGCUGGCUUCCUGGUGACGCUGGUCAGCAUCCUGCGAGCUGAAGGGGUGCCGGCUCUCUUCGCUGGCCUGACGCCCACCGUGCUGCGAGCGUUCCCCUCCAACGGGGCCCUAUUCCUGGCCUAUGAGCUGACCAGGAGUGCCCUCUGCAGCCGGGUCAGCUGACUCCAGCAUGUGGGCCAGAGUUCACUGGGACUGCCAGGGGGGAAGGCACUCAGUGACCUGAGGUUAUUUUGCCCGUGCGUCGUCUUUUUUAUUAUCAAAUGUCCUGCGAUACGCACAAAUGACACACAGUCUGAUUUAACAUUAUUUCCAGGAACAAGUCAGUCCCCAUGAAAACCUUACUACCUACCUCAGAAUAUUUAUGCACAUGCUGACAAUCAUGAUAAUAAGAUUGUUUCAGUCUUAGACAAUUAAUAAUGAAAAUGUGUAAACUUUAACCGUGAUUGCGGAGUCCAAAAAGGGCUGUAUUCCAGUGUCUGGCCAAGGUCUUUAACUGUGAUCGUUAGAUGUCCAGGUAUGUAAAUGAGAAAAAGCAUCCAGUUAGCGACCAUAAAUUCUGUGAUUUCAUGCAUCGGUCUGUGUUUCUUGAUGGAUUUUUAAAAUCUUAUGUUUAUAUGAAGUGGUUCAGUGGCUGUUGUGAUGUUGUGUUGAGCACUUAAAUCGGAAAAGUCUCUCAGAACAUAACAAUUCCGUAAGUCUUUAACUGCUAUAUAAAACAGCCUGGUUUAAGAGUGAAAAGCUCCUUAUUUGUAUUAAUUUGUGCUGCAGUCUGUAGCUGUACUGUAAUUCAAAAGUGUUCCUUGUUAAUAGUGUUUACUUUAUCAUUGCAUCUUGUUUACAGUGUUACUCAUCGAAUUGACAUAAUAAAUGGAGAAAUCAUA